AUGCCUGCCCUCAGACCUCUCAUGAAGCCCAAAAUCAUCAAGAAGAGGAACAAGUUCAUCUGCCACCAGUCAUACCUAUAUGUCAAGAUCAAGAGAAACAGGUUUAAGCCAAGAGACAUUGACAAUAGAUCACAAAGAAAAUUCAAGGGCCAGAUCUUGAUGCCCAAUAUUGAUUAUGGAAGCAAUAAGAAGAUGAAACAUAUGUUACCUAAUGGAUUAAGGAACUUUCUGAUGCACAAUGUCAAAGAGAUAGAAGUGCUGCUGAUGUACAACAAAACUUACUGUGCUGAGAUUGCUCACAAUGUUUCCUUGAAGAAUCAGAAAGUCAUAGUUGAGAGAGCAGCUCAGCUAGCCAUCAAGAUCACCAAUCCAAAUGCUAGAAUGAGAAGUGAAGAAAAUGAGUAA